AGCAAAAGAAACAACAAGAGGAGGAGAUGUUAUAGCUACGUUCCGUUAGUGUGAUCAGCUCAAAAGAGAAUACACGAUAGAAAAUAAAUAUAAAAUACGAGAAAGAAAAAUCAAAGAAAUAAAAUGGGUGUUCAAACGACAACAAUAUUCUUAAUUUUAUGUUCCAUGUUUUUGGUAGAAGUAUUUGGAAUCUUUAAACUCAUUCCAGUCUGUGAUGAAAGAAGAGGACUGACUAAGGCACAAGUGAAACUUUGUUAUACAUACCGAGAGCACAUGGCAUAUGUUCUCGACGGCAGUAGGAUUGCAAUGGACGAAUGUAGAAAACAAUUUGCCGGUAGACGAUGGAACUGUACAUUUCCUAGACAAGGAUUAACUCCUUUUUUGCAUCCUCAGAUUAAAAUUGGUACAAAGGAGGCUGCAUUUGUUCAUUCAAUAGUAGCUGCAGGUGCGAUGCACACGAUCAGUAGAGCUUGCAUGGAGAAUAAACUCUCAAAAUUCUGUGGAUGUAGUAAAGAAGGUCGACCUGAUGAAUUACCGAAAACCCAACUUUGGCGAGGAUGUGGAGAUAAUCUACCGUAUGCGUAUAGGUUUAGUAAACAAUUUAUAGAUGCGUCAGAAAUGAUUGAAGAUAAAGAUCAAAAUUUACAAACUUUCUCACGAGUUUUGAUGAAUCUGCACAACAACGAAGCUGGUCGAUGGGCUGUCUUUGAAAAAUCCCGAAUACAAUGCCGCUGUCAUGGUGUAUCUAAGAACUGUGCAACAAAAAUGUGUUAUCGUCAACUUGCCGAAUUCAAGGUCGUCGGUCAACGUUUACAAGAAUUGCAUCAAAGUUCGAUCAAAGUAAAACUGUCACAAGUAAAAGAAGAGACUGGUGGCGAAGGUUUAAAUAACAUGAAGUUAGAACAAGUUGAUCUCGGUUAUAACACAAAAAGUAGACAAGACUUAGUUUAUGUGGACGAUUCACCAAGCUAUUGUGUUAAAGGUGACGGCAUAUUUGGAACACUCGGACGCACUUGCCAAAGAAAUGAGAAAUCUUUAAAUGACUGUAGUCUUCUUUGUUGUGGCCGUGGUCAUCAUACGAAAAGACAAAUUGUGAAAGAAAAAUGCGGGUGUAAAUUUGUAUGGUGUUGCGAAGUAAAAUGCCAAACUUGCGAGAAAGAACAGAACGUUCAUUAUUGUAAAUAGUAAUUUAUAUUUCACAAAAUCAACCCAGGAGGAUAUCACAAUAUGCACAUGUAAUGUGUUCACGAAAAUCAUAGCUCGUAUUAAAUAUGUUGAUUCCACGGCAUGGACGUAACAGAGGUAAACUGACGAAGCCUUGAUGUAGUUAACAUGUAAACGAUAUAAUCAGAGCCGCGUUUAACUACGUUUUUGAAUCAUAAAAAGUAAAAAACGAAGAUAUUAUAUAUUUAGGAUUCACGAAGAUUGUACAUAUCUACUUAAAUUAUUUGUGUCAUAACUUUUUAUACAAA